CCUUACGUCAGGGUAGCUGGGUCCCCCCACCGCUCGGGAGCGGGCGAGCCGCGGGAGAGCAGAGUAGAGCGCGGCGCGGAGCCGGGGCGCACUCACCGCGCGCGCAGAGCCCGCCGAGCCCCGCCGCGGAUCCCGCAGCCAGCGAGCGCUCCCCCGGGCCGCCGCCGCCGCCGUCCCCGGGAGCCGCGGGGCGCCGGGCUCCUUCCGUGCGCUCCCCGCCCCGCCAUGCGCGCGGGGCUCCGCGCCUCUCCCCGGCAGCUCCGGCGCGGUGGGCAGCGGCGCUCGGGCCCCGGCGCGGCUCGCUGAAGUAGUUGGGCGGCCGGAGCAGAGGGUCGCCACGUCGGGGGCGCGGCCUGGACUCGUGGAGGAACCGAGCCCCGAGCGCGGGGAGCGGGGCCGCCCGCGUCGCCCCACCAUUACCUCCCCGGGCGGCAAGGAAGAGCUGGUGGCGGUCGCCUCCCGGCUGUGGCAGCGGCGGCGGCGCGCCUGCCUGGCGGCCGUCGGCGUGCUCCUGGCCAUGGCGCUGGGGCUGCUCAUCGCCCUGCCGCUGCUGCUGCAGGCGGCGCCCCCCGGCGCCGCGCACUAUGAAAUGAUGGGCACCUGCCGCAUGAUCUGCGACCCCUACAGCGCCGCGCCCAGCGGGGGUCCCGCGGGCGCCAAGGCGCCGCCGCCCGGACCCAGCACGGCGGCCCUGGAAGUCUUGCAGGACCUGAGCGCCAACCCUCCGCCCCCUUUCAUCCAGGGACCCAAGGGCGACCCGGGACGACCUGGCAAGCCCGGACCGCGGGGCCCCCCUGGAGAGCCGGGCCCGCCGGGACCCAGGGGCCCUCCGGGGGAGAAGGGCGACUCGGGGAGGCCUGGCCUGCCCGGGUUGCAGCUGACGGCGGGCACGGCAGGCGGUGUCGGGGUGGUGGGUGGCGGAACCGGGGGCGGCGGCGACUCGGAGGGCGAAGUGACGGGCGCGCUGAGCGCCGCCUUCAGUGGCCCCAAGAUCGCCUUCUACGUGGGUCUUAAGAGCCCCCACGAAGGCUACGAGGUGCUCAAGUUUGACGACGUGGUCACCAACCUCGGCAACCACUACGACCCCACGACCGGCAAGUUCAGCUGUCAGGUGCGCGGCAUCUACUUUUUCACCUACCACAUCCUCAUGCGCGGCGGCGAUGGCACCAGCAUGUGGGCGGAUCUCUGCAAGAACGGGCAGGUCCGGGCCAGCGCCAUCGCCCAGGACGCAGACCAGAAUUACGACUACGCCAGCAACAGUGUGGUACUGCACCUCGAUUCCGGGGACGAGGUGUACGUGAAGCUGGAUGGCGGGAAGGCGCACGGAGGCAACAACAACAAGUACAGCACGUUCUCCGGCUUCCUGCUGUACCCGGAUUAGGGGGGCCGGGAGCACGAGGAGGGUGCCUGCCGGGGAGCGCUCUGUUCUUUGGCGAGGGUCGCUCCGCCUGCGCCCCACUUCCUGACAUCUCCGUGGGGGUAAAAAGACAUCCCUGCUGUUCUCCUAUGCUCUGCUCCCCGGCCUCAGUGUGUCUGCGACUCACCACGCUCAGGGCUGUGCUCCUGGUCCCUGUCCCCAACCCGGGUGGGGGGGGGGAGGAUGAGGGAGAGGGGGCAUGUCAGGAGCAUGAAGCUGAAGGCCAGCAGCGUCUUCAGCAACCUCAGAGUUGACUUUGCCAAACCGAUCAGACUGAAAAGGCAGGCGGGACAGGACGCCUGCCUCCUUCCUGUCCCUCUCCUCUGAGUGUUUUGGGUGGGGGAGGGGCUCCUCCAGGGAGGUGGGCAUUGAAAACAAGCACACCCUACCCGGGCAUCCUCCUGGUGACCUGAAUUACCUGUGUGAAUUUCCCUCCAUCCGCUGCCUCCCCGCCUGCUGCAGAAUCCCAGCAAAGGAAACUUUUGCCUCCCUACUGCGCUCCACCUCAGAUCCAUCGCGAUGCAUUAAAUUCCGUUUCUAGA